AGUCCAGAAAUCCUAGAAACCCCGGAUUCAGCUAAUAGACCACGUUUCCCCUCUUAGAAUACCGGAUUAGCUAGCACUUACGCCUUAUUAGCUGAAAAUACUCCAGUGCCGUGAUAACUUCAAGCACUUUCGGACAAGGUUCCCCGCAAUCGGUGUGAAUCGACUGCAAGAUGAAAUUUCAGACUCCACCAAUCUCCCGUGUUGAUCAAUUUAGGCGUGCUCCAAUAAUUCAGGGGGGGCUAUUGUCAAGAGUUGGAGAUACCCUUGCUGAGUCGUGGUUAUAAGUCCUAUUAACCGCCCUUGGGAAGAACUCGUUUGGUAUCCCCCUGCAACAUCAAAUUUUUACGGAUUCGAAGGACAUUUUCAUCAUGGGACUCGGAGUGCUUGAAGAUAAACACCUUUCCCAUGUGCCUGGUACGGCCCUUCUGACAGAUGUCGUUGGUUCCGACGACUAUCGCCGUCAUGGUGAGCUUGCAACGGCCUUGCGCCACGGGAAAGGCAAGGACUCAGAUGUUGUGUUGGUGCCGCAACCUAGCAACAGUCCGAACGACCCAUUGAAUUGGCCCCUAUGGAAGAAAGAUAUUAUGUUAUUCUUCAUAUGUAUUGACACGGCCGUCGUGGGCGCUUGGGGACCGAUGAUUACACCUGGUUUUGUCGAGAUGACCUCUGAAUUCGGUAUUUCGUAUAACAAGCUUAACGGCGAUCUCGGAUAUGGUAUACUCAUGAUUGGGUUGUCAUGCUUCUUCACCAAUUCCAUGGCCGUCAUCUGGGGUCGUAGACCCGUAUUUCUCCUCGGCAACCUGCUACUGUUUAUCGGCAGCAUUGGAGGAUACUAUUCACAUAAUUUCAAUAGUCUGCUUGGCUUCCGGCUUGUCGGAUGCAUAGGAAUGUCCCCGUUCGAAGUUUUGGUUACCGCAACAAUCGCGGAUAUCUAUUUCGUACAUCAACGCGGAGUCCGGCUCGCAGCUUGGGGUCUGUGCCUUUCCAUCGGAGUUGGGGGUGGCACGAUUAUCUCCGGUUACAUCAUCCAAAACCUGGGCUGGAACUGGACCUACGGCAUAUGUGCAAUUAUUUUCGGAGUAUGGAUAAUCGUCCUCUUUUUUUUCUGUCCCGAGACUGCAUAUAGACGGGAUGAAUCUUUGAAUACAGAUCUUGGAACAGGACAAAAGGAGGAAGAGAUACCUAAGCACGACAACCCGAAAGGAAAAACAGGUAGCGGAUCAUCCGGUGCUGAGAACGUUGAGGUUGAAGUUGAGGUUAUUGAACGUGCUGUGGUUGAUGUUACCUGGUCGGAAAAGAAGCAUAGCUACUGGCACGACUUGAAAAUAUUCCAUGGGAGGAUGUCCGAUGAUCCACUCUGGAAGGUUCUCACGAGACCAUUGAUGAUGCUUUUAUUUCCGCAAGUCUUAUUCUCCUUCUUCGCAUAUGGGCUUACGAGCUCUUGGCUAGUGGUGGUGGGCUCCGUGCUAGCUCAACUAUUCACAGCGCCCCCUUACAACUUCAGUGUUUCCGGAGUUGGGCUAGUCUCAAUUGCUUCGCUUAUAGGCGCGAUCGUGGGAGCUUUCAUAUCCGGGCCAAUCGCGGAUUGGAUCAUCAAAGCGAUGUCGAGAAGAAAUGGAGGUAUAUACGAGCCCGAAUUUCGACUGGUCCUUAUCGUGAUCACCUUGACCCUAGGAGGCAUGUCAUUCUUCGGCUUCGGAUGGUCGCUUCAGGAGCAAGAUCCCUGGAUUGCCCCUGCAAUAUUCUAUGGAUUACAAUAUUUCAGCGUGGGGUUCAUGUCUAUCGCUGUGUAUGGCUAUCUGACGGACUGCCAUCGCGACAAAGCUCCAGAGGCAUUUGCGGCGAUUAAUCUGAGGAACAUCUACUCCUUCGGCAUGAACUACUUUAUAUCAGAUUGGAUCAGCAGUCAAGGCCCGAAGGAGGUGUUUUGCAUCAUCGGAGGUGUUCAUGUCUUCAUCUGCAUCUGUGCAAUCCCGAUGUAUAUCUUCGGAAAGAGAUGCAGGAGUUGGACAAGCCGAGUGAAAGUGUUUGAGAAGAUCAUGCAGGCAUAGGAGUUUGAUCCCUGAACGAUCACCAAGUUGGAAAUACGCCUGGUUGUAUGUUGGUCGGGAAAAUAUAAAACA